AUGGCAUCAACAAAAAAAAUUAAUAGAACGAUUUUGGUCCGCAAAAGGCUUCAAUUAUAUCUCGAGGGUGAUGCACCUUUUGAGAAUUUUCUUGCGAAAGAUAUGAUAAUAACGGAUUCAGCUGAUGGUAAAAUUAGUUUCGAAAUAGCUAUUCAAGAAUAUCAUCUGAAUGCCUCCAAGUCACUUCAUGUAGGGAUGAUAGCAGCAAUAGUCGAUUUUUGUGGUUCGAUAGUUUCUGGAUCUAAAGGAGUGCGCCUUACAAGUGUUAGUACGGAUCUAAAUGUUUCAUACGUCGCAUCAGCGAGAUAUGGUGAUACUAUACUUGUGAAUGCAGAAUGUGUAAAGCUUGAUAAACAAUUUGCAUUUACCACUGUAGAUAUACACAAUAAAGCUGAUGGAAGGUUAAUAGCUCAAGGCAGGCUUACUUUGUUAGUUAUUAGUAUCCUUAAUGACCCUGAAAAUGAAUUUAUGAAUGAAACCGCAAAGUUGUAA